AUGGCGCUUCGCCUUGAAACUAUGGAAUUCAGAAGUAAAGUAAUCAAUGAAGGCACAAUCAAAACGAUAGUAAACAAAAUAUUUUUCAUGACGCGUUUCGUGUUAGUUAAUCCUGGAAUAAUCAGGAGUCGCAACAUAAAUUUCAUUAAUCUGUCUCUUUUACUUUUCUCUGACGAAUCAGACAAACGAGAUUAA